GGUCAUUGAAAGUAUUAUUAUUAUGACAACGAGAAGCUUGGCAUCCCACUUCCCUUCCUCCACUACCUCAUCCUUUAAAAGCUAUACUUGUGUAGCUUUCUUCCGAAAGGCGCUCACAAUAAGUCACUGACAGCAGACACUCAUACCACACGGUGUAUAGCCACACGUCAAGAGCACCCCAGAUAUUUUCACCAACGAUCGAGCCCGAGAGUCUACACUUUGAGCUUGCUUUCAAGCCACCUACUACAUCAUUCAGUGACAGUACAUACCUACUAUCACACCUUGCCUCGAGGCUAGCCUUUAUUUUUUUUACCACGAAGUUUUCAUGACUUUUGUCACGGGUGGUGCUUCAGCCUACGAUCAAGGACCUGUAUCUCCCGAGUCGUGGAAGCGUGCCGUGUACCGGAGUGCUCCUCAGUAUUUCUACGUCUCAGUCCUCAAUCCAGAAAAACAAGGCGGUAGUUAUAGCUAUGGCCUCAGGAUUUGUCCCAUUAAGAACGAUAACGCAUCCAUUUCUGCUCAUUCAACUUCCUCGAAGGGCUCACAUUUGGAGUAUGACAUCUGGCGAAAAUGGGAGGACUGUCUCUGGUUUCAAGACAGCCUUGAGGCCGAAUACGCUCUCAUGGCAAGACAGAAGAUAACACGUCUGGCUGCAGGCAAAGGAGUGAAAAAGGGCGGGAUGUACAUCCAGAGCGACCAGGCAGCUUCUUUUGAUUCACUUCCCCCGGGUCCCGAUCCUCACUCCGUCGCCCGUGAUAUCCACCGGUAUAUCCCGAAGCUGACGAAGAAGGGAACACUAUUCCGCGCGAGCCAAGCUACCGUUGACCAACGGUUCGUUGAGUUUCGUGCCAUGAUAAAUGCGUUCUUUCAAGAAGACCUCCCGAUGCUCUUGAAAGAGUUGAUGGCCACGCGAACCUUCACUGAUUUCUUCGGCUAUUGGAGACGUGAUCACGACCUCGCUAUCAAAACACAGAAAAAUCAGACCUCUCCCGCUAAACCUCGCCGCUCUGUGUCUAGUAGCAUGCUUUCUGCUUAUUUUUCUCCUUCAAAUCCAGCAACAUCAGACGACGUACCCUCUUCCACGUCUGUGACCGAGUCACCAAAGAAGUUGCCCAGGCGAGGUUCAGGCACUUCAGACUCAUUGUCAUCAGGAAUUUCCCUCAAAGACCAGCCAACUACCCGCUCACGCGCGAAUGCCCACUCUGCCGGCUUGACAAUAUCCCUGCCAUCGCGUGGCUCAAAAUCCACCCUAUCUUCUUCUUCCUCGAGUUCUCCAUCUCCUGUCACGCCGCGUCGAUCUUCUAAUCGUUUGCCAAUGGUUGUUACACAUGAAGCUCCAAUCACAUUUGGACAUAACCCACAUACACCUGCCGGAUACGCGUCGGAGCGUCGAGCAUCGGUACUCCAAGUCCUCCCAGAGGACCAGGAGGUUGAGAUUGACAAGGCUAUAUCUGUGGAUUACACGCAGACGCGAAGGGCAAAUAGGACCGCUAGGGUCCUUGGCCCCCCUGCUUCCGAAUUAUAUGAUGAUACUGAACUUUCUUCGGAUGCAGAGUCCUACGCUAGGUGCUCCUGGCGGUCAACCAACUCUGUUUCGUCCUCUCGUGCUGCAGCCUACCUUGCUGAGCUCGACGUUGACUUCACGCUUCCACACCCUCACCCGGAACGUGCGCACCGCCCCCGUGCCUCGAUGUGUAGUGUAGCCUCAUACAGGACUGAUGCCUCCGCCGAUGCGAUCAUUUCUCGAUCUGCUUACACUCAGUCUUCGCCUUCUACUGGGACUCGACAAUAUCGUCAUUCCGUGCCUUUCCCAGAUGAAGAGGAGUGGGCGGAACGCGAACCAUGGGCUGAUGAAUCGGCUUACGGAGAGGAUGACCUCCUUGACGCCUAUUUCUAUGACGCGAUACCGCCCACAUCACCUAGCGAAGAUAGCCACUUCUCUUCACAGCAGCAUGACUCGUACCCAACAUCACCGUACCCUGCGCGACGUACAUCCGUAACCACAUCUAUAUCCAGCGGAUCGACAGGAUGUAGUGACGGUUCAGCCAUUGCCAUCAAAGCAUUGUAUGAGAACCACAUCAUCAUGCUUCGCGUUUCGCGGUCCCUGUCGUUCACUGAGGUUCGUCAACGACUUUACGACAAAUUUGUACGACAGGAAGGCGUGCCACUUUCAGAGAGCUUUGUCGUGGCCAUCCUCGUUCCACCUCCAGUCAAAGAGAAAUCUGGAGGCCGUCCUUACGCUGCUUCGUUCUCCUCUAUGGCAGACAAGGAUAAUGUUGUUCUGCACUUCGUAAAGUCCAACGAUGACUGGGACCAGGCGAUAUACAAGUAUGGAAACAAAGUCCUUCUGCGUGUUAUCGGCAGCCGCGCCUAGGCUGCUCCACGUGUAAUGUAUUGCCAUGCAGGCUUUAAUGUUGUUAUAUUGGCAUUUUCGAUCUUCGCAUUUUUGUAGAAAUCAUUGGUUUUGAUUUCGUUCUUGCAUCCAACAUUUUUUCGUUCCCAACAUUCAACAUUUUCUUUCUUUCCGACACACGAAUUAUUUCCAUUCAACUGCGAUACCUUUGUCCUCAAUAUUCCAUCUUCGUUCUACAUUGCAUUCACUGGAUUUCCUUGUUACUCUUCGUUUCUGGGUUUGGCCGCGUUUGUACUGUCAUAGGAUUGUACUCGCGAGCUCAUGUACGGAUCAAAGUUGUAGAAUGUAUCCUUUUAUCGCAUAUCACAAUUGUCUACUUCAUACCACAAGCUGCUGCAUAUU